AUGAGGAUUUGGCCUAUGGGAUUGGACGAAAACCUACCUGACGAGGACGUCAACAUUGGUGAAUCUGGUCUUGGCUCAGAUGCAGCCAUUGACGAGGUCAUUGCCGAGCUUGGUGAUGAAAACACUAUUAUUCCUGUCAGUGAUCUUGAAAAACUGACCGACUUGGAUGCGGAACUUAUGGAGGUACUCAACGAUGCCACCCAACAUCGACGUAAAAAACUGCAAGAGUGGUUUCGCAACAACACGAAAGGAAAGACUACACCUGGCGGGACUUCGACCAGCAAAAUCCUAUCUACAUUGCUUGGACAGCUCAAAGUGUUGGUGUCUGACGACAUCAAGGAAAAUAAACUUGUGUUACCUGACCAGAAGCUUCGUGCGGUCUGGCACCACACUAGCGAAUGUUUUUCGAAGGAGUUGGAAGAUGUAAAGGAUGAGGUCCGCGAUGAGACUCUACGUAUUAACGCAGCCAGAAAACUUCAACUGAUUUCUUCUCUUGGAUGCGCAAUUCAAGAACUGCCUAUUGUCCUGGGUCAGAUAUUCGAGGAACUCUCAACUUUGACUGGCGGAUGGCAUUACUCACUUGUCAUGGGUGGGCAGGAUCCUCUGUGCGAAGGCGAUAUUAUGACGUUGAGUUAUCACCAUGGUAAAACAUUAGAUGGUCUGAGCUUCAAGACAUCAACAGCCAAUUUCCACGAACAAUAUUUAUUACCAUUCGAAAGACACCUGGGUCGCAUCUAUGGUGCUUCUUUACCGAGAACUUCAGUUCCUGCAUCUGCACCCAGUACAUCUCCAUCAACUAUCGACUUCAUUUCGACAUCUGGACCCAAUGAUCCAUUAGAUCACCAUGCGUCAAGCUCCAGUCUGCCACUAGGGCAGGAAUCGAAUACCUGUGGACUUGUGCUCGAUCCUGUUCCCUUGUCCGCGCAUGUCUACAGCAUGGACUUUAACCUCACACCGCAACUGAAUGGACCGCAAGGCUACCAGUACCCUGACCUGUUUUCUUACAAUCUGGCAGGUCCAAUGCAACCAGACUCACCAAUCACCGCUUGGAGAAACGAAUAUACAUCUGAUGAAAAUCCAAUCAUGUCCACUGCGCUCCCUCAAACACAGGAACCAAGCUUGCCAUCUUCAUUUUCGAAUAAUGCUAAUUUGUUCCCCGCACACGAUCUGUCAUUUACACAUGUAACUCCGCUACUUUCUCUUCACCAGCCUUUCCCGCCAGUCCCUUCACUCCAACCCUCUCUCCCACUCUCUUUACCCUGCCCUGCCCUGCCACUCUCAUCACCCUCUCUGCCGCUCUCGUUACCACAGCCUGCUUUACCGCUCUCAUUAGCCCAGCCUGUCUUGCCACUCUCAUUACCCCCGCUCUCGUUACCCCAGCCUACCCUGCCGCUCUUGUUACCCCAGCCUGCCAUGCCGCUCUUGUUACCCCAGCCCACCCUGUCGCUCUUGUUACCCCAGCCUGCCUUACCACUUGAAGCUGAACAGGGCGCAUUGGUGCCUAAUUUGGAGCCAUUGAUGUCCUCGGAACAGAUAGUUGGAACCAAGGCUAGGCGCUCGGGACGUGAGGGACGUCCUUCAGCUCGAGCAAAGGAAGCGAAUGAGAUGGGAAAUGUAGUGCCGAAGAAGAAGCGAAACUCUGAACAGCCCAGUGCUUCGGAGUCGAGGAAAAAAACUCGUAAGUGA